GCUGAGAUGGAUUACACCCCGGAGCCAAAUGUGUCCGUGACCACAGAAGACUAUUAUCCAGAAAUACUGGCCAGCCCCUGCCACACUGCAUUCACCCAGAAAUCCAGCUCUCUGCUUCUUGCCCUGUUCUACUGCCUCCUCUUUGGCUUUGGUCUGCUGGGGAAUACCCUGGUCAUUCUGGUUCUGGUAGCCUGUAAGAAGCUGAGAAGCAUGACUGAUGUGUACCUGCUGAACCUGGCCAUCUCUGACCUGCUCUUCGUCUUCUCCUUCCCCUUCCUGACACACUACACUCUGGACCAGUGGGUCUUUGGGAACAUCAUGUGUAAGACCAUCUCAGGGAUUUAUUACAUUGGCUUCUUCAGUAGCAUCUUCUUCAUCACCAUCAUGAGCAUGGACAGGUACCUGGCCAUUGUCCAUGCAGUCUAUGCCUUGAAGGUGAGGACAACCAGGAAGGGCAUGGCUGUCAGCCUCCUGGUGUGGAUGGUGGCCACUUUAGCCUCUGUCCCUUUGCUGGUGUUUUACCAAGUAUCUUCUGAGGAGGGCACCCUCAAGUGCUACUCCUUCUAUGAUGACAGAACUAUUGAGUGGAAACUCAUCACCCACUUUGAAAUCAACAUCCUGGGUCUUGUCAUCCCUCUCAGCAUCCUUGUUUUCUGUUAUGCCAACAUCCUCAGACACUUGAAAGGAUGUCAGAACCGCCACAAGAUCAAGGCCAUCAGACUGGUCCUCGUCGUAGUGGUGGCAUUUUUCCUCUUCUGGGUUCCCUUUAAUAUGAUGCUCUUCCUGAAUUCCCUGCACAACCUGCAUAUCCUCGAUGGGUGUGACCUAAGUCAGAAACUUACCCAGGCCACCCAGAUAACUGAGGUCAUCUCCUUCACCCACUGCUGUGUCAACCCUGUCAUUUAUGCUUUUGCUGGGGAAAAGUUCAAGAACCACCUCUCGGAAAUCUUUUGGAAAUACAAAGGGUAUUUCUGGGUAUGCAAAGAAAGGUUUACCUCCAAUGAAUAUGUGGACAGAUCAUCUGUAAAUCAACCCUCCUCACGUUCUUCUAUCACAGACUACAUUUUGUGAAGCAGGUUAGUUCUGGCCCCAGAAGAAAAUGUUUGUAUGGAAUUCAGAGAUUGUAGGAAGGAUGGAGAGAGAAGAUGUUUCAUUUACAAGGAAGGCUAUAAGACAGACAUUUGAUAUGUUCUUCAGGUCUCUCCUAAUAGGAAUUAAAUAUCUCCUUCCUCUCCUUCACUGCCUAUGAAACCACUUGAAAAUUUUCUGGAUAUAAUUCCUGACUGAUGCUUCUUUUGGAGAUGGAAGAGAGAGUUAAACUAAACACUGAUGACAUAAAUUGGGGUGUACCAAGGAUUUGCAUAAGAAUCCUUAAAUUGAUGAUAGCUAACCUCUAACCACCAGCUUCAGUUCCAUCUAACCUGUGGGACAAAUACCAAGGGACAUCUCCAAUGGAAAUAGACUAGCCUGGGGUUCAGAAGAAGCUACGUCCUAGACUUGGUUUUGCUGCUAAGCAGGUGUGAGACUUUGAAUAAAUUCGCUCACCUCUGUGAACCACAACUUCCUCCCACCUCCCUGUCUUUGCACAGGCUAUGUCCCCAGUCUAGAGUGCACUCCUUUCCUACUUGCCCCUCAUGGAAUAAUUCCCAACUUCCUUUCAAGCUCACGGACAAUCUCCUACACCAGGCCUUUCUUGAUCCACCCUGCCCCUUUCCCACCAAGUUAUUAAUGUUCAAUCUUGUCCUUGACAUUACCUUGUAUAAAUCUUAUAUUUACUCAUAUGUGUAAAUAGUUUAUUCUCCAAAAGACUGUAAGCUUCAUAUAUGUGAUGGGAUGGGAAGUGGUUUCCUUUGUCUUGGCUUCCUCUAGCACUCUCUCUUACAAACAGUAGGCAUUUCUAAUAAAUAUUUAUUAAAUUAAAUUGAAUUGAGAAAUGGGUUCUUACACAGCCACCAGUAAUUGUGGCAUUAAGAAAAAGGCAAAUAAAUGAAGAAAAGCUGCCUAUCUGCAACCAGAGAGAAAGGCAUAUAAAAUCCAACUCUGGAUCCUGGGAUUGAAGACCUGGAAAGAUUGUUAUGUCACAAAACUGUGAUUUAUUUCAGAGUGGAGCUCUCUUAAGCUGGGAUUUUUUUUAAACCAGCCUGAGGGAGGAAGGAGAGGCUGGGAGUGGCUGCUUGGAGGACAGGACAGAAUGAAACCCCUGCAAGUGUUUUGUGCUGAGCUCUUAAAACAGAGAUUAAGCAUGGUAGCCUGGUCACAGCAACAAGGCCUUCACUCUACAGAACAAAGACUCCAUUGGA